AUGGAGCUUUACAGAAAUAUAAACAAAAAGACCUUGUUAAAGGUACUUCAGUGUUUAAGCCAAAUUUUGCUUUAUCACACAAUGACUGAGUACUGGAAGUCUCAAGCUAGGAAGUAUUGUGAAUUUUGUAAAUGUUGGUUUGCUGACAACAAAGUUUCCAUAUCAUUCCAUGAGAAUGGAAAACGACACAAGGAAAAUGUUCAGAAGCACAUUUCGACACUUAGUAAGAAAAGUACUAAGGAACUUAAACAAAAGGAAAAAAUGGAUGAUGACAUAAAAAAAAUGGAGGCUGCAGCAAUGGCAGCUUAUUUAAAAGAUGUACAGAAUAAUGCAGAUAUUACGUCACAGAGCAUCAAUGAAAUGGUAGGGCAAACAUUAGCUGGUGAAAGUGAUACUAAAGUUGUAGUAGCCACUCAGACAAAAAAGAAAGCACCUCCCGUAUGGAAUGAAAUAAAAAGUGAAAAUGGAAGUUCUUAUUUCUGGAACACUGUCACAAAUGAGACCACAUGGGACCCUCCUGAUGAAUUUUUAUCAAUUGCUGAUCAGGAAAAGAAAAAAUUGAAGGAUGAGGAACAGGAGAAGAAAAAAGAGAAAUUAAAGAAGACAAAGCAAAAGGAAGCUCAAAAGGAAGUAAUGAAGGAAGUCAAUGCUCACUUAGCAAGAGAGAAAAUGAGAGAGUUAGCUGUGAACAAAGAUGAACCACCGCCAGUUACACUGAACUAUGGACCUGCGCCACGGGCUUUUAAACCGUAUGGCUCGUGGACUCCAGUCGUAAAUGAGAAAGUGGAACAAAUAGAUCUUCAGUUGCCAAAACCCGAGAAAGAGUUGCCGCCGCCUCCAGUAGUCGUCCAACCUGAAAUAAUACAAUUUAAAGAGAAACGAGUGCAGUCCCUGGGCGAUGAACCCGUGGAGUUCAAAAAGCGCAAGUUUAAUAACGCCAAGAGGAAUAUAAGACAAAAAUUAGACGACGACGAUUGA